AUGGGAUGGUUCCCAUGUUCAGGGCCACCAAAGCGUAAAUCGAGAAAGAAGAACGAGCACUCUGAAACUACGGAGUCCAUUAUUUCUGAUAAAUCUAAAGAUGGCUCCAAAGAUGGAUCGUCCAAUAAAAUAGCAGCCAGGACUUUCCAUUUCCGCGAAAUGGCUGCUGCUACUAGAAACUUCCGGAAUGAGUGUCUUUUAGGCGAGGGAGGUUUUGGCAGAGUGUAUAAAGGACAGCUGGAGGGCUCCAGCCAAAUUGUUGCAAUCAAGCAACUCGACCGGAAUGGAUUGCAAGGAAAUCGAGAAUUUCUUGUUGAAGUUUUGAUGCUGAGUCUGCUGCACCACCCGAAUCUUGUUAAUCUAAUAGGAUAUUGUGCUGAUGGAGAUCAAAGGCUUUUAGUUUACGAAUAUAUGUCGAUGGGGUCUUUGGCCGAUCACCUUUACGAUCUUGAGCCCGGCAAGAAAGGGCUCGACUGGAACACGAGGAUGAAAAUUGCUGCAGGGGCCGCGAAAGGGCUUGAGUAUUUACACGAUAAGGCUAGUCCGCCUGUUAUUUACCGUGACCUAAAAUGUUCGAAUAUUCUGCUCGGUGAGGAUUAUCAUCCGAAGCUAUCCGAUUUUGGCUUGGCUAAACUGGGGCCAGUUGGGGAUAACACGCACGUAUCGACUAGAGUAAUGGGCACCUAUGGAUACUGCGCGCCAGAGUAUGCAAUGACGGGGCAACUUACUCUUAAAUCGGAUGUUUACAGCUUUGGGGUUGUUCUUCUCGAGAUAAUCUCGGGCAGGAAGGCAGUUGAUACUUCGAAAAAAGGCGGGGAACACAAUCUUGUCCUAUGGGCAAGACCAUUAUUUAAAGACAAGACGAAAUUCUCUCAAAUAGCUGACCCGGCGCUAGAAGGAAAUUACCCGCCAAAGGGCCUAUUCCAAGCCCUUGGUAUAGCCGCAAUGUGUGUCCAGGAUCAGCCCAACUUGCGGCCCGCAAUGGCUGAUGUUGUUACUGCCCUAACAUAUUUAUCGGUACAAAAUUACGACCCAGAAGAGGAGCCCACUCAGAGCCCAAGCACAAGACUCGGGACCCCGCCUAGGAUGAAAGGGGAUUUCGACAAAUCAAGGAAUAGUAAUGCAGGAUCUGAAAGAGAACAGACCAAAAGACUGUAUUGA